CUCGAGAAGACGCUGUUACGAUAUUAGCAUUUCUCAUUUCUCCUCUCUUCCUCACUCUCUCUCAUCUCUGUUCAGAUAUCAAGCAGGUUAGGAGAGGAAGGAAGCGAGGGAGAGAGAGGGGAAGGUGGUAGAUAGCAUUAUUUAUUUCUUCGCCGAUUUGAUUUGUUGUCUGUUUGAAUAAUUACUUUGGUCUUCACCAGCAUAAGUUACACCAUGAACGAGAAAGCGAACGUCUCCAAGGAGCUCAAUGCCAGGCAUAGAAAGAUCUUAGAGGGGCUUCUUAAAUUGCCAGAGAAUAGGGAAUGCGCUGACUGCAAAGCCAAAGGACCAAGAUGGGCUAGUGUGAAUCUGGGCAUCUUCAUAUGCAUGCAGUGUUCUGGGAUUCACAGAAGUCUUGGGGUCCACAUAUCAAAGGUGAGGUCUGCUACACUGGACACUUGGCUUCCAGAGCAGGUUGCAUUUAUUCAAUCUAUGGGGAAUGAGAAGGCUAACAAUUACUGGGAAGCUGAGCUUCCCCCAAAUUAUGAUAGAGUUGGAAUUGAAAAUUUCAUUCGUGCUAAGUAUGAGGAGAAGAGAUGGACUCCGAAGGAUGGAAAACCAAUAUCACCCUCUCAGAAUCAGGAGGAAAGGGCCUCCGUGCAUUGGGAGGGACCUAAGGGUAGAAGUGGACAUGGAUCAAUUAGCAAUUCUGAGUGUACACCUGUGGAGAGAAAAAGUUUUCAGGCACCAAUUGCAAAAGGCGGCAUCCCAGUUACGAGGAUAAGCAUUCCUAUGCCUCCUUCCGGAUCUUUGCAGGCCAAUCCUGUGUCAAAGUCUCAUCAGGUUGUUCAGAAACCAGAAUCAACUGGGAUGCAAGUUGAGUCCACAAUAACAAAGCCUCAAGAGGUUGUUCAGAGACCAGAAUCAACGUCGGCAGCUUCACCUCCCAAAGUUGAUUAUGCUACUGAUCUUUUUGACAUGCUUUCUGUGGAUGAUGGUCCAAAUGAGAAUGGUUCGGAGGCUGCUACAACUGAUGACACUGCAUGGGCAGGAUUUCAGGCUGCUGAAGAGGCUUCUGCAGCUGAGAAAACUGGUCCAACAAAAUCUGUUGAGAGUGAUGCUCUGCCUUUAUCUGGUAUUGAGGACCUUUUUAAAAACUCGCCUUCAGAGUUGUCAAUUACACAGACACCACAGAAAGAUGUUAAAACCGAUAUCAUGAGCCUUUUUGAGAAGUCAAAUAUGGUGUCACCAUUCUCAGUUCAUCAACAACAACUAGCUAUGCUGGCACAGCAACAAUCGCUUUUCAUGGCUGCUGCUGCUAAAAAUUUCUCUGGAAAUGCACAGAGACCUGGAUCAAAUGCCCCUGAAUUAAGUACUCAAAACUUGCCAAAUAUUAGUCAUCAAGCUCCAGGAAUGAUAAUGCCAGUUGGCGGACAAAAUGAGCUACAAAAAAUUAUGCAGGUGGGAAAUAUCCAAUUCGCACAUUCUGCAGGGAACCCUGUUUCCUUUUCAACAUCUAGCAUUUAUGGCGUCCAGAAAGAUGGUUCAACUAAUGGAGCAGCAGCAGCAGCAGCAGCAGUGGGGCAUCUUUCAACAGCAUCCUCAGUUUCUUCUACAGCUUCUUCUACAGAGUCGGGAAAGGACUACGAUUUUUCAUCACUUACAAGAGGGUUGUUCUCAAAACCCUAAUAAGUUGCAGAGAUGCUAGUUUUGUCUUACCAUACGGCAAAAUAGUAUAUAUUUUUUCACAGGUGAUUGUAGCAGUUGGAGGUUUUGAUUGGGAGCUUGUAAACUACAUGGGAUGGGCGGUUUCAGUUUAUUUGCUUUCCUGGUGGCAUCAUUUGUAAAAGUAGGUGUAUUGGGCCUAAUAAAAGAACAUUUCUGUAUUUAGAUUUAAUUAAAAUUAUAUAUUUUUUAAAAAAUAAAAUCAGAUUUUCUUUCCUUGAA